AUGGAGGAAAAACUUAUACAGACACAUAUAACGUUGUUAUUUUAUUUAAUACUUUUAUUUUAUUUAAAGAACUUUACAGUAAGUUUUAUUGAUGUACCUAAGAAAUUAUUUAAUUAUAUUAAAGUGUAUUAUUCCUUUUUGAUUCUUCUUACAAUACUUGGAUUCUUUAGUAAAUUGCUUGUACUCAUACGUAUAUUCAUAACACAUAAUAUAAACAAAAUAUUUAGAUUAUUAUUAAAGAAUAAUGUAAAUUUUGAGUGUAUUAAAAAUCAUAUAAGAUUUAAUAAGAGUAGGAAAAAAGUAAAUUACAAAGAUGAAAAAAAAUUGAUAACCAAUGUAGUGUAUAAUAAAUCUACAAACAGUGAUAAUAAAAAUAAUAGUUAUAAUAAGAACAAUAAUAAUAAUAAUAAUAAUAAUAAUAUUCAGACACCUAAUCAUACAGGAAGGAAGAGAUUUUAUCUAUUCAUUAAUAAAAAUGCUGAUCAGCAAAAUAAUGCUAUAUUUAAGAAAAGUAAUACUGCUGAUUUAAUAACCACGUCGAUAAGGGAAAGGAACCAAGGGGAUGGUUCAAAUAAUAGCACAAAACAAAAAAGAUCGAAAAAAAGAACUAAACUUUUGAAGAAACUAAAAAUAUUAAAAAGGGAUGAUAACAAGCAAAAUGAGGAACACGAUGAAGACAAGGACAUAAAGGAUGAUAAUCAGAACAAUGAUUAUUGUAGUGAUUAUAAUGAAGGAAAUGAAGAUGAUGAUGAUAAUAAUAAUAAUAAUAGUAUAUCUAUGGAGGAAAAUAAAAAUGUAAAUAAAAAUAAUUUAAAAUGUAAAAAACAUUCAAAUUCUUCACAUGAGAAUUAUACAGAAAUAUUAUGUGAAGAAUGUGAUGCUAUGAUAAAUUUAAAAAAUAAAAUAAUAAAAAAAAAUGAAAUUAAUAUGAACGACCAGAAUAGUGAUGAAACGUUUGAAGAUAAUAAAGAUAGUUUAACAGAAUUGGGUUUUAAUAAAAGUAUAAAUGAAAAGAAUUUUUAUUUAUUUUCACUUUUAUCAAAUAUAUUAUAUAAUAAUACAUCGAAUUGUUCAAAGGUAAAGAAAAAAAAAGAAGGUGUUUCAUAUAAUAAUAAAAAUAAUGAUAAUAUUAUUAAUAAUGAUAAUUAUAUUGAUGAUGGAUAUAUGAAUAGCGAUAUAAGUAGUGAUACGUUUAAUGAUUUAGAAAGUGAUAACAACAGUGAAUUAAUAACUAGUGAUGAGCAUUUAGCUCAUGCUCAAAAUAAGUUUAGGAAUUGUAAAAAUAAUAUGUUGGAUAGUCACAAUAAAUCAAAAAGUAAUAAUAAUUAUAAUAGUUUUAGUAAUUAUAGUAGUGAUAGUAUUUAUAGUAGUGAUAGUAAUUAUAAUAGUGAUUGUAAUUAUAAUAAUAAUGAAAAUCCUAGUAGUGUGAUCAAAAAAAUGAAUCCAUCCAAUAAUGUCAUUCUUAAUAAUGAGAGUAAUAAAAGAAUAGAGGUUAAAAGUAUUAAUCUAAAUACAAAUCAAGAAACGAAACCAUUAAAAUCUAUUUUAAAAAAAUGUAAUAAUACAACUUCUGAUAAAAAUAAAAAUAAUAAUAGACAUAUACGAUUUAAUAAUGAUGUUGAAACUUAUUUUUUUGAAAAAUAUUUAUUUGAAGAUGAUAUGUAUAGUAUUAUAGAUCCAAGGAGAACUUUUUAUAAAAUCCUUGAAGCUUACAAUAUAACCAACACAGAAAUUUUUAGUUAUUGUAAUAUGCGUCAUAAUUUAAAUGUAGUUUUUAAUGACAUAAUUAAUUCAGUUUUUAUUUAUAAGGAUAAAAUAGUUAAAAAGUUUUAA